UCUCCUGCACGCCGAAACCCAACCACACGCCGUCUCCCCCUCCCUCCCUCUCCUGCACGCCGAAACCCAACCACACGAAACCCAACCACACGCCGUCUCCCCCUCCUCUCUAUCUCGCAUCCCAGAAACCGAAACCCUAGAUCGACCGAGUCCUCCAUCAAACCUGACCCCUCCAUAAAACCCUAACCCUCACUCACUCAACUCCUCCAUAAAACCCUAACCAUACCUCAGCCGAUUGAAACCCAUGUUGUAACCCUCCCCCACUCGAGUCACUCCUCCGAAGGGAAAAGGUAAAAAAUUUUGAUUUCUUCAUGGACGUAUUUGUUGUGAAGUACUGGUCUCAAAACAGAGGUAUUGUUUCCCUCUUCGAAUUCUGGAUUUAUCAUUUCCGUGAUAUUGUUGUAUAAAAUUAUUAGUUGAUAUUACUUGCCUCAUUUGCCUGUUUUUUGCUGUGUUCAAACUCUGAAAUUGUAGAAUUUAGUAAUAGAUCUGUUGAUAUAUACCUUAGAUAGAUACGUAGAAUUUUGUAAAAAAACAAAAAGUGUAAGGAAAUUGCUCUGAAAAGAGUUAAAAAAUUCGGGAUUUGACACACCCACUUGGCAUUGGUUUGAUCCAAAAGAAUGGAUUAUCUCAAAUCUUUAGAAGAGGGAAAGGAGUCUAAUCUUUCCAGCAUGUUCAAUUUAAUAAUUUGCCUGUUUUUUUGCUGUGUUCAAACUCUUUUCUUAUAUUGUGUUCAAACUCUGAAAUAUUUGCUGUGUUUUGAUGGGUAGAUGAGAAGAUUAAUGUUUUUGGAAUGGUUUGGGGUCCUGCCUGAAUCUUUGUUGGUAAUUGUUUGGGCUCGUGAUAAUUGUUGGGGUCCUGAAGAUUAAUGUUUUUGGAAUGGUUUGGGGUCCUGAAGAUUAAUGUUUUUGGAAUGGUUUGGGGUCCUGAAUCUUUGUUGGUAAUUGUUUGGGCUCGUGAUAAUUGUUGGGGUCCUGAAGAUUAAUGUUUUGUCUGGCACUUGAUGGAAGACUGGUGAACAGAGGAUUUUGUUGAAUUAUUCAAGACUGCAUCAUCAAAGGGUAGACUGCUAGUGUUUAAGUAACAUUCGAUGAAGUUUGACGACGAAAGUGGUGUUAGUUUGGAAAGACCAUUUUGCCAUUGUGGGAUUCCAGCAAAGUUAAGGAUUUCUGCCAAAGAUACUAGUUUUGGCAGACGGUUUUUCAAUUGUCCAAAUUAUAAGUUCAACAAACAAUGCGGAUUUUUUCAAUGGGUUGAUCUUGAAAUGGAACAAAACUAUUGUUGCAAAAUCACAUUAGAGUUAGCUCAAAGAAGGAACGACAGGAUCAAUCAAGAACGUGUAACAGCUGAAGCGGCAAAAUUUAGCGCUAUGGAAAAGAAGUACAAUGGAACAUUAAAAGUUUUAUAUCUUUCAUGGUUUUGUAUUGUUGUUCUAUGUGCUGUAAUUGUUUUUUAUGUGAACGAUAAUCAUGUAUCACAUGGUUAGUAGGC